AGAACGUUCUCAGAAAUAAAAAUAUUUUUUAAGAACAAUGAAAAUUCAUUUUCUUUUGAGUAUCAUGCUUCUGCCUAUACUUGUGUGGUCUCACGCAAGCUCUCAGGAGUUUUCCACGGCAUACCCAACAGGAAUUCAGAGAUUGCUGUCACGCAAGAGAAGGUAUCUCUUAUUUCCCCCUGGAUCUGGACUAACGUGCAUCUUUUCAAUGGUAAAAGGAAUCAUAUUUAACUACCCAACUGGCUAUAAUACAGUGUCAGAAAUGAAUUUUGUCUACGAUCUACCCGACACAAUGUUUUACAUUAAAAAAUGGAAAGCCCUUCAAAAUAAAUUCGGACCUAAAGCACCUAAAACCACAAAAGCUCCCGUGCCAGAGGAAAUUAUCAGUUGGAACCAUCCACACAAGACUGCUUGGGGUUCAUGGAACACAUGGAAUCCGAAUUCUUCAAUCAGUUUUCCUGAAGAAGUUGAUCACAGUUCUUGGGGAGAUCAUGAUGAAUAUUAUGAGCUAAAGCAUCAUAGAUCUUAUAAAGAACGACGUGAUUUGUAUCAGAACAUUGAACAUAUCAUCGAUGUGAUGGACUUUAAGCUGAUUAACCGCUUUUGCAUUCUAAAAGCUAUCUGUGAAGCACAGCAUUUCCUCCUUCCAAAAGGUUCUUCUUUGUUUCAUGACAUAUUUAGAAUACUCUUUACAGUUCCAAUUACAUCAAAGACUUCGCCGGAAUUACGAAAUGCAAUGACUUUGCAGGAACAUGAAUGUGAUUUAGUAUUUAAGGAAAAGUGUCCAAUGAGUAUUUUACAAAUGUUUCUCCAAAGUGGGAAAUUGUUCUAGUAUUCCACAACAUAAACUUUUAGAAAAUGUAGAUAUACAAUACAUAUAUUUAACAUGGAUAGGUAGCAUAGAGGUGAGAAAUAUUAAUGAGAUUACUAAUUUUCUCAGCUUUUUAGCAUUAAUUAGUGAGUUUAUUUUUUAAAUUUAUGAUUAUUGACUUCGCAUUAUAAAUAAAGUUUAGCGCAAACAGUCAAGUCACAGAAUCAAACUCAGCAGUAUUAAUUGAGAUGUUAAUUCAGUUGGUGACACCACCGUUGCAGGAGAAACAUUCUUACUGAGAGAAAAUAUUUCUUAAAGGAAAAUGUGUCUCAAAAAUAUACAUUUAAAACCAUUUCUGAUAAUUUUAAUUGCAUGUCUUUUGUGUGUUGCAAUAGUUUCCUCCAGUUCUUGCCUCAAUUGUACUGAAAAUACAUUUAAAUUCACAGAAAUAAUCUCACGCAAGAGAAGAUACUUGGUUUUCCCACCAGGAUCAACUAUUCUCGUGAGUUGACACAUCUUGACAGAAUAAUAGCAAAAUGUUAAUUAAAUAGCAUAAAAUAAAAGCUGUGUGUAUUUUCCGGAACUCCCUGCAAAAGUGUACACUUUCUGUGGUGAAGGCUUUUAUGUUUACAUCACCAAGAGGACACAACAUGGUGAUGGAAGUGGACUUUUACUAUCCCCUGCCAGAUAAGGUGAUCCAUCAUAGGAAGGAAAAUCCCAAACCCGUUGAAACCACAACGCAAAAACCAAUUGUUGCAUCGCCCCCAGUUGAGUUACUUGACUUCCAUCAUGAUGAUGAUUUGCAUAAUUUCCCGCAUUACCACGAUGAAGUGUUAACGUCACACAGGAAAAAUGAUUUGGGGGUGUAUUUAUCGAAAUAUAAUUACCCAAAAUUUAAUAAAAAAUAUUUUAAUCAGAAAA